AUGUCUUACACCAAAAAGAGAAAAGAACCAUCCUACGAGAAGGACAUUCUUUCAAAUAACAAGCUAGAGAAUGCAAACACCGACUCUUCUGUAUAUACAUCCGAAGAAGAUACUGUAGAUACAUCUUUAUCUGAGUCUUCCGCUAAUACUACAAAUGUCCUUUCUUCUUCAGCAAAACGAUCUAAAAAUGAUGGAAUUAACGGUACUUCAAGCCCAACUCAACAAUCUUCACGCGAAAAUAAACCGUCUGCACGGGAGAAAAGCAAGACGACACAAACAUCAAAAGAACGCCCGUUUAAAAUCAAUCCACCACCAACCGAUAGGCCCGUUCGCAUAUACUGCGAUGGAAUAUACGACUUAUUCCACUUUGGCCAUGCAAAAUCCUUAGAGCAAGCUAAGAAUUCUUUCCCCCAUAUUGACUAUGUCGCCCACGACGACAUCCCUUAUGCUUCCAGUGACACUGCCGAUGUGUAUGCGUUUGUUAAAGAACAGGGGCGUUUUCUCCCCACACAACGCACAGGCGGAAUCUCGACUAGCGACCUCAUAACUCGAAUAGUAAGAGAUUACGAUCAAUAUGUGCGACGCAAUUUAGAAAGGGGGGUUUCCCCCAAGGAGUUAAAUAUUGGUUUUCUUAAGCUCCAUAUGAAAAAGUCUAUCUCUGAGAUUCGCACCACCAUCCAUCAAAAUUGGCAUGGUACCAAGGUAGAACUCAGUAAUGAUCUUUCAGAAUUAAAAAAUGAUUUGGCGCAAACCUUUGCGCUCUGGGAAUUUCGAAGUCAGGAAUUUGUCAGAGGAUUUGCUGCAAGGUUUGGUGCAGAAAGUGUUGUGGUAUGUGGAUCAACUCAUUAA